AUGGCCGGAAGGAACUGGGAGCGGCCCCACGCUUCCGGACCGGCGGCGGCGACUUCACCAGCCGGGACAGCGCCUUCUGUUCCCAGGGAGAGAGCGAGCGGACGCGGCGGCGGCGCCAUCGUGCGCCCGGCAGAAAAUAUGAAGGAUAUUCUUGUGAUAUAUGAACAAGAUGCGGAAGAGUGGGCUCUGUAUUUAAAGUCUCUUUUUGGACACAUUGUGAAUGAAGGAGGAAUCUUGCUCUACAAUCUAGAGACUUCAUCUUUCAAGCACCAGGAGCUGUUGUCUCUACCCUGUUACAAAUGUAAACUCCUGAUACUAUCAUGUGGACUUCUUAACUGCCUGAAUCAAAAAAGAAGUUAUUUUCUAGAGAAAGUUCUAAAACCUCCAGAUGAUGUGGUGAUUCUACUUUGUGGGGUGGAGAACUCAGAUAUCCUUUAUGAGAUACUGACCUUAGAUGGAGGCAGCAAGGAGAUUUCUACUGAGCAGGAACCUGAAGAAUAUCUCUCUGUUGUUACUGGAAUUAUUCAAUCAGAUAAGCAACAGAGCGCAAAUCCUGGAGACUCUUUGUCUUACAUCUAUGAAGCAGUUCUUCCAGAUGAUCACCAGAGUAGCUCCAACGUUACCUUGUCAGAUGUUGAGGGAGCAUCAGAAAAAAUAGACCUCAGUGUUAAAACAGAGAUACUUUCAGAAGCAUUAGAAACUAAUGAACAGUCGAUAUUGGUGCUUCCAGGAAGAAUACCAUGUGAGAAUCCUGGUGAAAUAUUCAUUUUGUUGAAAGAUGAAAUAGAUGAUGAAACUUUAGAAAUUGAAUUCAUAGCAGAUAAUCAACGAAUUAGGACACAGCCAGCCUCUUGGAAUAAGAAGGUCAAGUACGUGAAAGCUUUAGAUUUUCCUGCUGGCCCUGUGUAUGUAAAUGUCUACUGUGGAGGAGUCAUUAUGAGCACAGCGCAGAUCGAGUACUAUACUGCACUAGAGGAGAUUGAGCACAUUUUUAAGAAAGUGGCUGACCCAAUAGCUUUCACUUGUCAGGCUUUUAAAUUUUCUUCUGUAGAGAAGCUGGACAAUGUUCUUACUUUGUUAUUGAAAAGCAAAAUAUCUACUUACCAAUUCAGUCCAUUCCAAAGUGAAGAAGAGCACCAUCAACAAGCUAAUAGUCAUUUGGAAGAAUUUCCUACUCUCCUUCACUGUGCAGCCAGAUUUGGAUUAAAGAACCUUGCAACAUUUCUGCUCAGUUGUCCUGAGGCCACGUGGGCUUGCAAAAUAACAAACAAAUAUGGAGAUGAUCCAGCAAGUAUCGCUGAGAAGCACGGACACAGGGAACUAAGAAAAUUAAUCGCAGAAUUGUCAAUUAAUACAGCAGAUAAUUUUGCCAAUUGCAAGGAGGAAACAGAAGAUGAUGACACUUACGUGCUUAUGUUAGGCUCAGAAACUCAACCAGCCAUGACAUUAAAAGCCAAGCAGAACCCAGGAGAUCAGUAUGAAAUUGAAUCAAGAUGCCAACAAGAAGCUGAGGUGGAUGAGGAAAAGAAAGAUGAUGUAGAAGACAGCAGAAAGGAGACAGAACAUGAAGAUGAAGAAGAGCAAGAUUUAUACAGCUUUCACAACAGUCCUGACGGUUUGUAUGCCAGCAUACCUGAUGAUCUCCAAGAGAACAGAAGCAGCUUUUUCGGUAAAAGGCCACCCCCCCCUCCUCCUCGAAAUCUGCCCGGCAUCCUAAACCAGGACGAUCUCCACAGUUUAUCACAAGAGAAGAAUUUUGUGGAGGGCAGAAAUGAAAGAGAACAUGGUGAUGGACUCGUAAGAGCGUGCUGCAGAGAAGACCAAGAUACAUACAAGGCAGAGAGCAAAGAGGAACACCCGUACACUUUUGCAAAUCUGGAUGAAUCUGUGUACGAUUUCAUCCUGGCUGAGGAGAACGAAGAGAAAAGGAAAGAACGCGGGUCUUUCAUCCUGAACAGGCCGCCAGCCCCUGCCCCUCGUCCCGUAUGUUCACCGAUCAGAGAGGAGAACACUCCCUAUAUAGUACAAGUGUUUCAGCAGAAGGCCACUCGAGUGCCCGGCGAUGACAACAGGACCUAUUGCGAUGCCAGGAAGCCCGGUUCCGUAGCAGCACACAGAGGCCACGCGGACACAGUAACUGAUAGCACUGUGAAACACAGCAUCCCCGCUCAACAGGAGGAGCUCAUCCGCUUGCAGGAACAGGAAAAAGUGCAGCACCUUCGAGACAGCACUGCGGGAAACAGACUGGAAAAGGAAAACAUGAGUGUUCCUAAGGAAAUAAGACCAGAGAGCAUCAAUUUUAGAGACUUCUUGUUCCACAUGCCAUUUAAUAAAGCGUCUCCAACUAGGAACCCAGCAGACAAGGAACAGAUGCCUAAUUAGCUGAGUGCGAUUCUCAGCCAGCUCUGCAUCAGUUUCUUCGCUUGGCAUCCCGCGCGCCUCGGGGCUGCGACACGGCUGUGUCAGCAUCGCUGCGCUUCUGGGAUCUUGGAAUCUCUCACCUGGGCCAACCCAGGAACACGUCCAGCAUCGCUAAAGCAAGUUCGUAAGAGUUCUUGUCAAGUCAGCACUGACUUCUACAUUUUUUCUUUGCCAGUUUUUGUGGGGUUUUUUUAAGAUGACAGCUGGGGAUUUAUAUAAAGAUAUAUUGAUGCUUUGGGUAAUUACUUUAAAACUAAUUACAAUUUUUCCAGAAUGCUUAGUAGUUGUUUAAAAGUAGAUGUUAUUCACAAAAAAGAGAAAGAUUGUGAAAAGUUAUGAAGAUUAUGAAGUUAUAAUACGUAAAGUUCAGUUUUUACUUUUUGUUAAGACAUUUUUGUAUAGACUUCGUAUAUUAAUUUGUCUUUCCUAGCAAUAAUAAUUGUAUUCAAGUAAAGCUAAUUCUUAAAGUCAAA